AUGUCCUCCCCUCGCGUUGCGAUUGUCACGGGUGCUGGUUCGGGGUUCGGCGCGGGCAUUGCCCAGCGGUUCGCCAAAGACGGUGUGGCGGUUGUCGUCGCUGAUGUUGCCGAGGAGGGCGGCAACAAGGUCGCGCAGGACAUUGUCGCGAAAGGUGGCAAGGCCAUCUUUGUCAAGUGCGAUGUGACGAAGCGUGAGGCCUGGGAGAACGUCCUGGCCGAGACAACGGCAGCCUUUGGCGGUGUCAACUUUGUGAUCAACAACGCAGGCGCAACCUACGCGUCCAAGCCCGUGCUCGAGACGACCGAGGCCGACUUUGACAAGGUCAACGAUGUCAACCUCAAAUCCAUCUUCUACUCUGUGCACGUCAUGGUGCCCGCCCUCCUCGAGACGCGCAAGAAGGGAGGGCCGGCCGCGGUAGUUAAUGUCGCGUCGACUGCGGGCAUCAUGGGGCGUCCUGGACUGACUUGGUAUUGCGCAUCCAAGGCGGCCGCCAUCUCGGUGACCAAGAACCUCGCGAUUGAGUUUGGCCCCGACCAAAUUCGCUUCAACGCCAUCUGCCCGGUGUUCGGCAAUACUGGCCUCAAGCACAUGUUUGUCGGACAGGCGAGCGAGGAGCAAAUCAUCAAGACGAUUCCCCUCGGCCGCGCGUCCGAGCCCGAGGACAUUGCCAACAGCACCGUCUUCUUGUGCUCGGACGAGGCCUCGUUCCUGACGGGCGUAGCGCUGCCAGUCGACGGUGGACGUCUGGCCUAG